AGGGUCCUGAAACCGGAAGCCGAAAGCCGGAAGGAGCGCUGUGAGGACGUGUUCGGAGGAAGUAGGAGCCGGACCCUGCAGGGGCCGCGUCAUGGAACAGCUGUACCAGCAAACUCACAAGCAGGUCCACCAGAUCCAGUCUCACAUGGGACGCCUGGAGUCGGCAGACAAGCAGUCUGUGCACUUAGUAGAAAAUGAAAUCCAAGCAAGCAUAGACCAGAUAUUCAGCCAUCUCGAACGCCUGGAAAUCCUGUCGAGCAAGGAGCCCCCCAACAAGAGACCAAACGCCAAACUUCGUGUUGACCAGUUAAAAUAUGAUGUCCAGCAUCUGCAGACAGCUCUCAGAAACUUCCAGCAUCGGCGAUACGCAAGGGAGCAGCAGGAGAGGCAGCGGGAGGAACUUCUGUCUCGCACCUUCACCACCAACGACUCUGACACUGCCAUACCAAUGGACGAAUCACUGCAGUUUAACUCCUCCCUCCAGAAAAUUCACCACGGCAUGGAUGACCUCAUUGGAGGCGGGCACAGUAUUCUGGAGGGACUGAGGGCCCAGAGAAUGACCUUGAAGGGGACUCAGAAGAGGAUCCUUGACAUCGCCAACAUGCUGGGCUUGUCCAACACAGUGAUGCGACUCAUCGAGAAGCGGGCUUUCCAGGACAAGUACUUAAUGAUCGGUGGGAUGCUGCUCACCUGUGUGGUCAUGUUCCUCGUGGUGCAGUACUUGACAUGAGUCAGCUAAGCCCGGCAGCUGCCCAGCAUUCCCACUGCGUGAGUGUGUGUGUGUGUGUGUGUGUGUGAGAGAGAGAGAGAAACAGAGAGAGAGAGAGUACGUGAGGGAGACUGGGAGGACCAGAGGCCACAUUUCGCCAUAUGUGUUCAUCGUAACUGUGAAAACCACUCCGAAGUCAUUGUGAACUGUAACCUAGGGAGACUUUCAAGCCUGCUCUGUUUUCCGAGGCAUCCUGGAGGGGAAGCUAGUGCUGCCAAGCUCGUGUGUUCUCUCUCACUCUCAGUGUCUCUGGGGGAGGAAGUGAUGGAAGGGUACGGGAUGAAGCAGGAAGUGAAAAGAACGAUUUUGGUGGUUUUGUCCACAUGGCGGAUGCGUGCCCCAGGAAGGCUUUAACGGUGACCCUUAUGGACAGGACUGUCCACACUGUGUCAUUAUCCAGCCCUCUGGCUCCUAAUGGUGAGCCUGGAGCAGAAGCAAAAAGAAGAAGGGGAAAGAAGUCUUUUCCUGCAUCCAUUAUAGUAAAUGGACUCACAUGCUCUUGCUACUAGCCACCGCCCCACCCCUUCAAAUGACAAGCAGAUGACUGAGUGCCCACCCGUGUUGCCCUUCCCCGGAAGCAGCUACCUAGAGGAAACAGGCAUUGCUGCGGCUGCGGAUGAGCAAGAGUUUCCACGUUACCGCUGUUGGGUGUUCCUUCUUUCCAAAGUGAGGCCACCAUUAUUUUCUGGGCACAUUCAGUCUUGAGAGUAAAGACCUUAGUUACCAAUUUUUUGGUUUUUUGGUAGUUAAUAGAAUGGUUGGCUUUUAAGGUUCCAAGACUGUAGCCUGGUGCCCAUGCCCAGGCUUUGUGGGGCGUUUGCCCCAUAGAAAGUACUGUGAGCAAAGGGAAGUGAUCUGUCAGUUUAGUCUCAUUUCCAAUUUUAGCAUCUCUGAUUCUUUGGCUUUCUUCCCUUCCCUUGAAAUACAUUAACAGCUGCCAGCCAAGCCCCGAUUGCUCCCAGCCAGUGUGGGCAGAUGCCACGCUAAAACCGUCUCCGGUGUCCUUGUGAGACUGUCUUUCCAGGGCCCAGGACUUUCUUCCUUCUCCAACCAACCCUGGAUUGAGACUGUACAUUACCUGGUGUAUCGUGGAAUUCAUUGUGAAGCUAGUCUCUAUUUGGAUUGAUUGCUGAAAGUAUCAGAAAGACCUGGUUAGCAUAUUUUUUUUAUCAGUCACAGGCCUUUCUAGCUCUAUGGCAAUAGCCUUAUGGCAAGACAUGAACUAGCACUCAGAAUGUUCCAGAAAAACUGGAAACCUGGUCAGUAUUACUCCACCUUUGUCUUGCUCCACCAGCUGUCUUUAUUUCUUGUCACUUGGACUGUCUUCCGUUGCCCUUCCCUUUCCUGUGUACUCCAUCCCACCUCCCUCACUGCCCUGCCACCUGCUUCUGUGCUGUGCUGGUCUCCAGCCACAUCUGUGACACAGAUCCCCUUUUGGUAAAUGUUUCUUACUAGUCCUGGAUUUCCUGGGUACUGAUUUCACGCUUUUGGUGGAAUCUCUGUUGCUCUGGGCCCUGGGUUUCCAAGGAGAGGGGAAUCUGUGACCCCUUCCUAAAAGGACUGAGGACCUGACAGAAUGACAGUGGUGGCCUGGAGGGUGGAGAGAGGGGUUGGGGCAUUGUCAGACCUAGAUCUGAUUUUAGGGAGGUACAGUUAGAAACUUCCCUCCACCCGCCACCCCUGCCAUCCUGGGGACCUGGCACAGGGCUCGCAGCAGUCCAUACAACGGGGUUUUGAACUGCACAGACCUGGCUGUCCUAUCUCCUUGAAGAUCUUGCCAGACUAUGUACUUUGGAGGAGGGUGUACAAGGAGCAGCUAAGCCAGUUGGACUUAAACUCUGGGAAACCAACACUGCCCCCCCCCUUCCAUUGUCUGAUGUGACAUCCAUCCAUUUGUGGUCACACCACUGCAUUUCCACGUUUUAUGGUGAUUGUUGGCUUUGAUGAACGAGGAGUAAGGCCUUCCCCCUCCUUCAGAGCCACUCCCUCCUUUGUAAUAAAAAUUGUGGAGGCAUUUUCUAGCUCUUUACCAUCCUGGGCUAGGAAACAGCAGCCACAGUGUGUCUGUGAGAAACCCACUUUGGCCUGAGUGCUCGCUCUCCACAGUCCCCUGAGUGUAGGGAACAGUCCUGGGCCAGGGGAGGAGCGCCUCCUAGUGGAUCCGAGGUGAAUUAUCACAUUGAGCUGGUACAAGGAUCUCCAGUUGGCAGCCUCUGUGACCUUGUGCAGGCUGUUGGUACAAGUUUACCUUUUGAGGUUUGAGAUGGGUGGGUUGUCAAGGAACUUGGGAAUAUCUUCUUUCUGUGGAAUGUAUUUGUGUGACCACCUUAAGAAACACCAAAUUCAAAGGCCAAGUAAGUAGGAGAGUGCAUAGGCUUGAUUUGCAUAGGCUUCAUUGCUGGGUUUUGCCCUAAGUCCUUUGCCCUGAUGACUUAAAUGGGUUUGGUCUGCAAAUUUGGACUUGAACCCAUUGUUUCGGAAACACAGCAGUUGAAUAAAGUUGAGAUUUAUUUUAUUUAGCAUA